AUGACACCGAUUACCUACCCCCGCACCCUCGACUACCUACGGGGCCUCCUUGACCCCGCCAACGAGAUCGUGCGGCCCGAAAACCGCACGAAGCUCCUCCUCGCCCUGAUCCCAGAUUUCCUCACCAUCUGGCCUUGCGCCGACAUAAUUAGAGAAUACGAGACCAAGCUCUCAGCUUCUGGAACCUCCAUCUCCCCGCCUCCAUUCCUCCUCGGCGCCCAGGACUGCAUGUGGGAGCAAUCCGGCGCCUACACCGGAGAAGUCUCCCCAGCCUCCAUCCGCUCGCUGGGCUGCUCAAUCGUCGAGCUAGGGCAUGCCGAGCGUCGCGCUAUCUUCGGCGAGACAGAUGAACAGACAGCACGCAAGGCUGCCGCCACCAGCGCUCAGGGUAUGGUGCCCCUCGUCUGUAUCGGUGAACUGACCGCCCCGGGCGCGGUAGCUUCUCAAGCUGUCGGCCAGGCUGUCGGCGAGUGUGCUGUUCUUGUGCAAGCGGUGCUGAAUGCCAUCCCCGCCGAUGCGCCUGUGAUCUUCGCCUACGAGCCUGUGUGGGCUAUUGGACAGCCCAAGCCCGCUGGUGUCGACCACGUUGCCGCGGUUGUGGAGGGUAUUCGCGGGGUAAUUGGAUCGCGACCGGGGACUGCGCGUGUCCUCUACGGCGGCAGCGCUGGCCCCGGACUCUGGGGCGAGGGCGGACUAGGCAAAGCUGUUGAUGGAAUGUUUCUGGGCCGAUUCGCGCAUGAGAUUGGUGGUGUGCGCAAGGUUGUCCGUGAGGUGGAGGAGAGUCUAGGUGUUGCGGUCUAA